AUGUCUCAAUCUUCCGGUUCCGCUCAGAUCAAAAACAAAAUUGCUGAUACUGUGAAAACAAGAUCAAAAUCUAAGAAGGAAGGAUCAACUGUUGUGGUCGAUGCGAUGCCCAUAUCAAGUAUCCCUGCAACUAGUUCUAAGAAGAAGAAAUCUGCAAAAUCCACUAAGAAAGUAAGUGAAUCGUCUCCUUCAAUUUCUAUUAAGUCUGUUACUAUUAAGUCUAAGAAGAAGAAACCCCAAUCUCCUGUAAAAAUGGGUUUGAGCAUGUCUGAUCUAUACUUGAGUAAGAAUCCUUCUGAAAUUGCGAAUGUGGAAUCGCAUGAUGUUGCCUCCGGCAAAAAUGCGAAUGUUGAAUCGUCUAAUAAAGUUAAUGAAGAAAGUGUUAAGUCUGUGUCUGAAAAGGUGAAUCAAGAAACCCCCUCUGCUAAGGAAAACCCUAGUUUUGUUGAAACCCUAGGAAAAACCCAAAAUGUUGCUGAGAAUGUUUGUGUGACCAAUAAUCCUAGUGGUCCUGAGAAUAUGGCAGUUCCCACGAAUGUCAUAACUGAUGUUGCUGAAAAAUCCCAAGAAAAGGCUGUUGUAACCGAUGCUCCAACCGGUGUUGAGCCAUCCUCUAUACCAACUGAUGCUGAGAAGGAUGUUGAAGCAUCCAAAGGUGGAUCUAGCCCACAUGCUAACACUGCCACUGGGUCGUUUGGCAGUGGAUCUAAUACUGAAGCUUCCACUGAAGAGGAAGUAAACAAAGAAAGUACUCCUGAACAUGUGGCUGAUUCUGAGCCAGAAAAUGAAGCUGGUGAGGAUUCUGAGAAAGCCACCAAUGAAGAACAGGACAUAGUGGAUGUUGAUGAAGUCCCCUCUGAAGAAGAUCUGCAACCUCCACCUACUCAGAAAGGAAUUGGGAGAAGACUGAGAAGCAGGACCACUACACCUGCACCUGCUGUUACCACUACCCCUGUUGUCACCAAGAAAACAAAGGACAAUACUCUGAAGCCUGUCAAGUAUGGUCCUAAGAAAGGAUGGAGCAAGCCUAUACCUCCUCCUGAAAAGAAAAAGGGUGUGCUGAAAAGGAAGAGUGCACCAUCAAGUGACUCUGAUUUUGAAGCUGAAAAGGAUGACUCAAGCAUCAAGCCUCCUGCUAAGAAGGCUAUGUCUGCUAAGAAGGCCAUGUCUCAAGCUGUUGCUCCUGACACUGAAGAUUUCCCUUGUGACAAUGUCUCAUUUCAUCUCCCAUCUUAUGCUCAACGAUGGGGAAUAAUAUGCAGAAGAAGAUUGGCUUUGGAGAGGGAACUAGGCAAGGAUAUUCUAGAGUGUGAAGAGAUUGUAAGCUUGAUCAAUGAUGCUGGUUUGAUCAAAACUGUGUGGGGCUUAGGCUCUUGCUAUGAGAAGCUGGUUAGGGAGUUUGUUGUCAACAUUCCUAUAGGUUGUGACAAUCCCUUGGACAAAGAAUAUCAGAAGGUAUAUGUUCGAGGAAAAUGUGUGACAUUCUCUCCAAGUGUGAUCAACAAGGUGCUGGGUAAUGCUGAUGAUUCUCACCCUGACAUAGAGGUAUCUGACAAUGUGGUCUGCAAAACUAUCACAGCUGAAAAGGUGAAAACCUGGCCCAAGAAGGAGAAGGUACCUGCAGUCAAGCUAACCCAAAAGUAUGCCAUCUUGAAUCGUAUUGCAUCUGUCAACUGGGUUCCUACUACACAUGCAUCUGAUAUUGCUACAAAUCUGGUUGUGCAGCAUGCUAAGACCUCUGUCACCAAGCAACCCAUUGCAUUUCCAACUUUGAUCUGUGACAUCAUCUUGUCCCAACAUCCUAAUAUAAGGCAUGAGGGUGAGUCUGCUAAGAAAAGGGCAACUCCUCUGGCCAUUCAUCAGAAGCUGUACAGUAAACAGCAUGCUCCAGAUAUUGUUGGACCAUCAAAUGCUGCUGCUGACACUCCUAUGACAAGGAAGGAGAUGAUUGCUAUGCUGGAAGCAAACUGUAAGGAGCUAGAUGAAAAGAAGUUGCAGUUUGAAAGGAUGAUACAUGCUCUCAGGGUUGAAGAGGCUGCAGCUCAAGCAGCUGAUGCAGGUGAUGAUGGUACUAGUGGUGAAGAAGAAGCUGACUCAGAUGCUGAAGGAGAAGAAAGUGAUUCCUCCCCAAGUGCUUCUGUGUAA